AUAAAAUUAACUGAUAUGAGCACUUGUUUUUAUUCCAAACUUGAAUUGAAAAAAGCAAAUUUAUUGCAGUAUCUAUUGUUUUGUUUUUUAAAAUUUAUAGCAACCAAAGCAGAACGUGGUGAUUUUGGUAUACCUGGAAGGGAUGGAUUGUCAGGAAGACCUGGAAGGAAAGGAGAAGCAGGUGUUCCUGGUUUACCAGGACCAACUGGACAAAAAGGAAUUCCAGGUUUUAGCAUUCCAGGAUUUAAAGGAGAAAGAGGAAAUACUGGUGCACCUGGUCUUCCAGGCUUUGAUGGUGUAUCUGGUAUUAAAGGAGAAAAAGGAUAUCCUGGGUAUCCUGGAACUAAAGGAGAACAAGGUGGUAUUGGUUUUCCUGGACUUUCAAUACCUGGAUUUCCAGGUUUGGAUGGCUUACCGGGCAUAAAUGGAGCACCAGGAUUAAAAGGUUUUAAAGGUGAAACUGGAGAACCAGGAUUUAUAGGACUUGCUGGACUAAAAGGAGAAAAAGGAGAUGAAGGUCCAAGAGGAUUCUCAGGAACACCUGGACUUAUUGGAUUAAUUGGUGAUAAGGGUGAAGCAGGAGAGCCAGCAGCUAUUAGUGAACCAUAUAAAAUUCGUGGACCACCUGGAGCUCCAGGGCCACAGGGUCCACCUGGACCACAGGGAUAUAUGGGAAUACCUGGUACUCUAGGUCAAGAUGGAUUUCCUGGAAUAAAAGGUGCUAUUGGUCCACAAGGCCCAAAUGGACCAAUUGGUUUUCCUGGAAGAAAAGGAGAAGCUGGAGAUUCUGGAAUAAAUGGUUUGGAAGGUCAAGCAGGAGAAUUUGGAUUAGCUGGAGAACCUGGCCCUAAAGGAAGGCCUGGACAGUUGGCAUCAUCAAGAGGCAAUGUUUUUUCUUUCCAUAGCCAGACAACAGAGAUACCAAAAUGUCCAGCAGGAUCAUCUCAAUUAUGGACUGGAUAUUCUCUCUUGUAUCUUCAAGGAAAUGAAAGAGCAUUUGGACAAGAUCUUGGUCGAGCUGGAAGUUGUCUUCAACGUUUCAGUACAAUGCCAUUUUUAUUCUGUAACUUAAAUAAUGUAUGUAAUUCUGCAUCAAGAAAUGAUUUCAGUUAUUGGUUAAGCACUUCUGAACCAAUGCCAAUGGAUAUGAAACCAAUUACUGGAAUAAAGAUACGAAAAUAUAUCAGUCGUUGUGUAGUUUGUGAAGCUCCAACUAAGGUGAUUGCAGUUCACAGUCAAACUAUGGAUAUUCCAGAUUGUCCAGAAGGAUGGAAUGGUAUCUGGAUUGGUUACAGUUUUAUCAUGAAUACUGAUUCAGGAUCAGAGGGAAGUGGACAAUCCUUAUCAUCACCUGGUUCUUGUUUAGAAGAAUUUAACACUACACCAUUUAUAGAAUGUCAUGGACAUGGACGUUGCCAAUAUUAUCACACAGCAACUAGUUUCUGGUUAGCAACUAUUGAAAAUCGAAACCAGUUCAAGAAACCUGAACCAGAUACACUUAAAGCUGGUAAUAUCCAUAAUCGUAUAUCAAGAUGUCAAGUGUGUAUGAGACAGUAUACAUCUUAUAUACCCACUAUUGAUUUUAUUCCCCGAGUGAACUAGUCUAAUUUUUAAAAAGAUUCAUUCAAGAAAAUUCAUGAAGUUAUAGAAGUUUUGCUGAAAGAUAACCUGAAGAGUGCAUAAUUAGUGCAAAUAUAUAUUUAUCUGAAUUUGAAUAAGUAUCAAUACUUUUAAAACAAAUUAAUAUAAAUAGUGAUUUUUAAAAAUUAACAGAUAUACUGGAAAUAUUUUCUGUUUAGAUUUUGUAAACAGAUUUCAUAUUUCUAAAUUAAUUCUAAAUUUUUAUAGUGAUUUUUUUUUUUUUUUUGUAAAGCAUAACUGUGAGCAGUUUAAAAUCAUUGUUACUCAUUUUUAUGGUGUUGAUUACUUUGUUAACUCUGUUCAAAAAUAAUAUGGCAUUUCAUUUUAAACGCUUCAAAUUUUAGCACUAUUUUGUAUAUACAUAUGCAUGUAUGUGUCGUUGGUUUCCAUGUGCUCAGAAAUUUCUAUGUUAAGUUAAAUAAAUAAUGCUAUUUUUUUCUUAUAAGAAAAAGUAAUUUGGUUGCAAUAAUGAAUAUAAUAAUUAGCUUUAUUCAUUGCAUUUCAGUGUAUGUAAAGCAUUUAAACUUCAAUAUUAUUAUUUAAAUACUGUACUUAGCUCUGUCACUGCCAGUUGUGAACAGAUAACACUGAACUUUGAUAACAUCUGUUUCAUAUGAUGAAACAAAUACUAAAAUAAUUUAAAGUUGUAAAAUUGGAUCUUCAAUUAAUUUAAACAAUAAAAACUAUUUUAAAAUUA